AUGGCCAGUCCUGUGGAAGCGGAAGCAUCUCCAGGCUGUGCAAGUGGGUUGGGUCCCCAUCGGAGAAAGAGGACCACUUUCAGUGUUGGGCAGUUGCUGGAGCUGGAACGGGUCUUUGCAACUAGGCCCUAUCCCGACAUCAGUACCCGUGAGUACCUGGCCCAAGUAACUCACCUGCCUGAAGCCAAGAUCCAGGUGUGGUUCCAGAACCGCCGAGCCAAGAGAAUCAAGAACAGAAAGCCAGGAGCCCUAAACCCUAGGCUGAAGCUUCCUCGAAAUGCCUCUUCUCUUCCAGACACUCCCCAGCAACCCUGGGACCCUGGGACACCAGGCCAGCCUCUACAUCCCACCAGUUCAGUUCAGCAGGUUUCAGCAUGCCCACAGACCUCCUGUGGAGCUCCCAGCUUGGGUCCAGGGCAGAGUCGAGUAGAGGCUAAAGCUGCAGCCCCAUGGGGACCAAGUGGAGCUUUAGGGGUCCACCCUUCUUUAGAGCAAAUUGUUCCUCAGACCUCACUAAGCAGCCUGUCUGACCUUAUCUAUACUUCAGCUGUUGUCACCAAUAGAGAUCACUCCUAA